AUUACAACCGCGUGAGAACAAAGAGAGUUCCUUUACUCGUAUAUUAAGCUUAUCUGUGAAUGUCAACGCCGGCAGCAGUGAGCCGAUCAUUUCACGUGACAGUAGCAAACAACCUGAAAGUCAUCUAUCCAUCUGACUUCUCUCCUACUCAAGGUGAGAAUAAUAAAUUCUCUCCCGACUCCAAGUUUUGCUUGACAUGAAUUCAUUUACCCCUGGGUCACAUCACCCGUUACCCCACAGAUAACCCCGCAUCAAGCUUGGUAAACAUGUCUUCGUCAACAUCUUCCACCCCUGGCCACCACCAGGACAUCUACGGCAACCCUACUCCAAGAACCUCCACAAUCUCCACACCAAGACCAUAUAAUGACUACACCAUAGAAAGGUUCGAGAACCCGGACUUCAACAUUUACAACAACAGUGACACACCACCAGCCGGAUACACAGCGUCACCCACCUUUCAACUACUGAUCUGUGUGGCGUGCGGAACACAAUACGACACAACCGACCCCUCACACCUUUCAAACUGCAGAAUCUGUGACGACCCUCGGCAAUACGUCCCUCCAAACGGUCAACACUUCACCACCCUCUCCACGCUACUGAAUACCUCACCUCCCUACCGAAACAAAUGGACCCCCUUCCCAUCCGACGAUCGCUUCUGGAAUCUCUGGACCGAACCCAAAUUCGCCAUUGGCCAACGCUCAAUCCUCAUAAAGACACCACUAGGAAACAUCCUGUGGGAUUGUAUAACCUUCCUCGACAAGCAGACCAUAGCAUGGAUCAACAGUCAAGGCGGCCUCGCAGCAAUCAUCAUCUCGCAUCCACAUUACUACACCACCCACUUGGAAUGGGCUGAAGUCUUUGAUUGUCCCGUGUACCUCAGCUGGGAAGACGUCUCCUGGCUCAACCGACUAGAUCGUCUUGGGAAAGCACGUUGUUUCAUUGAGGGGAAAUCGGAAGAAAUCGAGAUCCGGGGUCAGAAAUCCGGGGUGGUGGCCCUGAAACUUGGAGGUCAUUUUCCGGGGAGUCUGGUCUGUCUGGCUUUCCAGAGGUUGUUGGUUGCCGAUACCUUACUUACUACGCCGGCGGGGGUGGGUGAUUGGAGUCAGAGCAAAUCGGGAGGCAGGCCGGAGGGCAUGAAUAGUUACUCUUUCAUGUGGAGUAUACCCAAUUUCAUCCCGCUUAGUCCUGAAGAAAUUGAGGGAAUGUGGGAGAGGAUGAAGUACUUUACCUUUGUAAGUACCCAUGGUGCUUUCGUUGGCCAAGACAUCAAUGAUGGGCAUGGGGGAAGUGAGAAGGGGGUAAAACAAAGGGUCUUGGAAAGUAUGCAGAUCCAGGUGCGGAGGAUGGGAUGGAAAGAACAUGGUUUCUUGAAAGAAACAAUAUAA